CAGACUGGGAUUAGCAGACAACUGUGGCUCUUCCUGUCUUUUGAUUGUCAUUUACUUAUUUUAAGAUAGGGUCUAGGAGCCCAGGCUGGCCUUGAACUCAAAAGGUCUUCCUGCUUCUGCCUCCCAAAUGCUGUGAUCACAAACCUGUGACAUCGCCCCCAGGUAGUCCUUCCAAUUCAGAAGCUCCAUAAUUCUAUAGAAAAUAAAAAUAUGAUUUAUCAUCCACCCAGUUUGUUUCUUUUCUUUUCUUUUUAACGCAGGCAGAACACUUACUGUUCUCUCCACAACAAUUUUUGCGACAUUGGCAAAAUCAUAUAACUGGAUUCAAAUACUUUGCCCACUAUCACAGGGACAGAGGAUAAGAAUAUUGGGACACCAGAAACCAGGCUACUUCAGCAGUUCACGUCCAUGGCAUCAUCAACUGUGGUGAGAAACACGGAGAAGAGGUAAGAGAGUCUCCUUCCUAACGUGGAUUCUCAUUAGCCAAGCCCCUGGAAUCUACACGCCACACCAAGAAAGGCCCACACUGAUGGACGGAUACAUUUCUGUCUCAUCUGAGGAUGGCUUCAGUGAGGCAAAUGGUGGGACCGCAAACACUAGAGCCCUUUACAGCGUGGGACUACAGACUGUCACAACCAUGGCAAUAACAACAGUGAGAGAGCUCUACAUCAGCCCCGAGAGCAUUUUCCCAAUGCCACUCCUUCUGACGCUGACUCAAGCUCUGGAUAGCCUGGCACCGGUUGGCAAUCCUGGCAGUUGGCAAUCACAGCAGAUGUUUCUGAACCACAGGGCUUCCUGCUGCGCUGGGUUCAGAGUGGAACAGGUCUGCCGCCUCUCAACGACUCCAGAUCAAAAGGUACUCACAGGAAAAGACGCAGAGCCUUUAUCCCCGAGAGCAUGCUCUGUCUUCACAUCUUCUGGUCAUUUCUAUUACCAGUGUCAUCCUCAUCAGUUAGCAAGUGAAAAAUCUUCAUUGCCUAAGGAGUGUGGGACCACGGACUGGCAAAGCCAACAUUUACGUGGAAUUUCUGGGGUUGCUGACAACAUGCAAAUCCUGAUGUCACCUGCCAGAAGCUGUUGUGCCCUGGCCAUCCUGCUGGCAACUGUGGACUUCCAAUGUGGUGGGUGCAUCCAUGUCACCAGCUCAGCAUCCCAGAGAGGAGGGCAACUGGACUUCACCUGUACUCUGUGGCACAAGAAGGGUGAAGCUGAGGGACUAAUGCUCUUCUGGUGCAAAGACAGGUCUUGGGACUGCUCCCCCGAGACCAGCUUAGAACAGCUACGGGUUAAAAGGGAUCCUGGGACAGAUGGCAUCACUGAACGGUCAUCUCAGUUGGUGUUCACCAUAGAACAAGCCACACCAUCCGACAGUGGGACCUACCAGUGCUGUGCCAGAAGCCAGAGGCCAGAAAUCCACAUCCAUGGUCAUUUUUUCUCUGUUCUAGUCACAGGGAACCACACCGAGAUAUGGCAGAGACAGAAGCAGCACCCUGGCUUCAGCCAUGCUGACAGCGCUCUCAGUUCAGGCUUUCCGCAAGCAAAGACCUGGGGGGUGAUGGGCACCAGCCUGGUGGCCCUUCAAGCUCUAUACACCUUGUGAUAAAGAAUAAAACCUCAAAAAGAAGGUGCAGCAAGAUCAAUCUGACUACACACAGAGAAGAAUGGUACAAGGAACAGAUGCUAAGUAAUCCAAGAAUCUGGAGGGCCAGCAAGAUGGCUCAACCACGAACAGGAGCUUGCCUGCUUCAAGCUUGCAAGCUUCAGCUCAAACCUCUGCACACACAUGGUGGAAAGAAAGAAUUGACUCCCACAAGCUGUCCUCUGACCGCCAUGGGAGUGCUGUGCCCCAACCCCAAUAAAUUAAAUCAUUCCAAGGAUCUGGUAGACAUCUGGCUUCCUUCUGGGUCUCCCUUCCUUACUGUCGGCACGAGCCUGCCUUCUCCCACCUCAGUGCCAAUAAAGAAAGCACACUAGCCACAUCUGCAGAAUGUUUUCUUUAAACACCAGGUCUGUUUUAUACCACAAAAUAA